UGCUAUCAGAACGAGGAGAAACUUCGCUGCACGUGGAGUUUGGAGGGGCAGUUGCGUGUAAUUCGCAAACUUUGAGGUUUUUCGAAAUAGAGAUUUUUUUGUUGCUGUUUUUAAAGCUUUAAAACAAGUUACCGUCGACAUGUUUCUGCAGUUUUACCUGAAUGAGAACGGGGACAGAAUCUACACCCUGAAGAAGGUUUGUCCUGAUGGGCAGCCCACCAGCUCGGCCCACCCGGCCCGCUUCUCCCCAGACGACAAGUUCUCCCGACACCGGGUGACGGUGAAGAAACGCUUCGGCCUUCUGCUCACCCAGCAACCCAGACCUGUUCUGUGAGAGUGUGGCGGAGAGAGAAGCGAGAGAUGGAGGGAUGAAGGCGAAGAUGGGACUGUAAAGCAAAAAGUAAAACACACGUUUAGGAUCCCGGCUUAUGAAAGUGUAGCCAGGGCCUGUCCUCAGUUUUACCCAAAGCUCCUGGCUCACAUUUAGGGGACUGUUCAUGCGCUGGAUAUCAACUGUUGGCCUUCUUUUUAUGUACCAUAAUUCCUUGUUAUUCAUUUAAGGUUAAUGUUCUAAUUUUGUUUUAAUUCUGAAUAAAUGUUUAGUUAAUG